GGGCUAUAUAACAUUUGCCAGGAAACUGUGAGACAAUUCAAGUUUUGUUCAUUACUAGAGUAUCAUCAUCAUCAUCAUCAUGAAAAUACAGAUUUUUGCCAUUAGUCUACUUUUUGCCGGGGCAAAAAGUUUAAUAAUUCCAAAUUAUGAAACUGAACCGGAAACAGCACUUGGUCCUGUGCAAUUUCCUCCGGUUCUUUCAAGACCAGAAAAUACAAAUCCUGCAAAUACUGUCAAUUCUAUAAAAGAAAAUUUACAAUUUCAAAAAGAAGAAAACAUUUUUAAAAAUGGUUUUUUGAUUAUCGACGAAACUCAUGGUUUUAAAUAUAUUGUCAAUCCAUUAAAUAAUUUCAAAAUAAUUAUACGCAGAAAACCUUUAACAGGAAAACCUUUUUCAUUCACACCUCUACGUCUAUUACUUGGACGUUUUGGAUAUUAUGAAAAUUCUCCAGUUCAUUUUUUUUGAUUCGUAUUAAUUUUAAUUUUCAUCUUUUACAAAUUACAUUUUUUUUAGUAUAUAUAUAUCAAUAUACCUGCGUGAAAAAUAAUUAAAAAAUAUAUUCACAAAAUAUUUAUU